CCCUCUGGGGAGGAGUCAGGAAGAUGUAGAUAGCCUGUAUUUGCAGCAGUGUUGCAGGACUCUUCCUCAGAACACCAGGCCUGCCUGUUCAUUAAAGGCCUCUGGGUCUGGGACCUGACUGCAGUCUGGAAAUGUGGCAGCUGAGCCACCUGGGCAGCCCAGUGAAAAAUUAGACACUAUGUGUCCAUUAUCAGAGUGUGCAAUGGCAACAAUAAGGCGGAGAAGAUAGCUGAAAGUGUUCAGACUGACAGUUACACAGUUUCCAGCCAGAGAUGACACUCUUCCAUGGCCCGGAUUCAUUCCAUGACGAUCGAGGCACCCAUCACCAAGGUCAUCAAUAUCAUCAAUGCUGCCCAGGAAAGCAGUCCCAUGCCUGUGACAGAAGCCUUAGACCGUGUGCUGGAAAUUCUAAGAACCACUGAAUUAUAUUCACUCCAGUUCGGUGCUAAGGACGAUGAUCCUCACACCAACGACCUCGUCGGGGGCCUGAUGUCUGAUGGUUUGCGAAGAUUAUCCAGGAAUGAGUAUGUUCUUUCAACAAAAAACCUUCAGCAGGUUCCCAGCAGCAUCAUCGUCCCCGUCUCCCUUCACGAUGUCCCAUCACAGAUAACUCGGGCCAUGGAAAAGGAGGAACACUGGGACUUCAAUAUUUUUGAACUGGAGGCUGCCACUCAUAAAAGGCCUUUGAUUUAUGCUGAGAUCCUGGUUACAGAUGAUUGAAGCCAAUUAUCACGCUUCCAACCCCUACCACAACUCCACACACUCCGCUGAUGUGCUGCAUGCCACUGCCUACUUUCUGUGCAAAGAGAGGAUCA